UAAUGAGGGAGGAGUUAAGGAGGAGCAGUGAGGGAGGCUUUUCCACCCCCGCCGUUGUGCAUGGCGCACUGAUUGUAGUGUGGGACAGUGUGAGGAUGGGGAAGGAGAGGCGCAGGCUGGUGUGUGUGUGCUGUGGUUUGGUCGUGGCUGUGGCGGCGGUGCUGUUGAUCAUUGUGUGUGUGUCUCGUUCUAAAUGUCCAGGGAGGAGAUUCUCCCACGGGGCCGUCGCCGCCGACUCACUCAUGUGUUCCAACAUCGGCAGAGACAUACUGCUGGAAGGAGGUUCUGCGGUAGACGCUGCGAUCUCUGCACUUCUGUGCACAGCGCUGGUGAACCCUCAGAGCAUGGGCCUGGGGGGCGGAGCCAUCUUCACCAUCAUGGACAAGAGUGGUAUGUCCAGGGAAACGAGGUGGAAAGGAAACGGGAAGCGACCUACAGCUCUGAGCACUUGCCCUAGAAAGGUGAAAGUAAUCAGCUCCAGAGAGACGGUUCCAAAGAACUUCACGCAGGACCUCCUGAAGCGCUGUCCCAAAACCUUCCAACUUGCCGCAGGCCAGGAGUGGAUUGGCGUUCCAGGGGAGUUGCGUGGUUAUGCUAUUGCUCACAAUAUGUAUGGAAAGCUGCCAUGGCCUCGACUGUUUGAGCCAAUUAUUAAACUGGCCCGAGAUGGCUUCCCCAUGCCAGCGUACCUUGCAAAAUUCCUACAGCAUAAAUUCAUCAAACCUGUGGUGGAAAAAUUCCUAUGUCAAGUGUUCUGUCACAAGAAUAAAACGGCUCUUGAUGUUGGAGACACACUCAAGUACCCCAAACUCGCUGACACCCUGGAAAUCAUUGCCAAACAGGGGCCUGAAGCCUUCUACACCGGCCAAGUCGCACAGGAUCUGGUCCAGGAUGUGCAGGAAGCAGGCGGAAAAUUGUCUUUGGAGGAUUUGGAGUCCUUUAAGGUCAGAGUGGACGAAGCGCAUACGGUCUCGCUCGGAGAAUACGAGAUGCACAUUCCUCCUCUGCCAGCAGGGGGCGCUAUGAUCAGCCUUAUUCUCAACAUCAUGCACGGCUUUGGCCUUUCGCCAGCAUCCCUUCAGGGUAACCAGACAGCCCUGACCCUCCAUCGCUACAUAGAGGCAGCCAAGUUUGCAAAUGGACAAAGGAGGAACAUAAAGGACCCUUGGUAUAGCCAUCAGAAUGUGGACUACAUGAUGGAGUCCAGCUUUGCUGAAAAGGUCAGGGCAAUGAUCAGUGAUCACUCCACACACUCAACCUCCUUCUACAACAUCACACCGUUCUCAGACCGCUUCGGGACCACACACGUCUCCGUCCUUGCAGCUGACGGCUCUGCGGUGUCUGUCACUAGCACCAUCAACCACAUUUUCGGAUCAUUUGUGUACUCUCCUAGAACAGGCAUCAUCCUGAAUAAUGAGCUGGCAGAUUUCUGUGACAGGGCUGAUUCCAUAUCAGCAGGGGAGCAGCCUCCGUCCUCCAUGGCCCCCACCAUCCUGCAGUCCAAGGAUCGAAAGAAGAUACUGGUUAUUGGUGGAUCUGGGGGGAGCAUGAUCACCACUGCCAUUGCACAGUCAGUAAUGAACCACCUGUGGCUUGGGAAGAGUCUGAAAGAUGCCAUCAGUGAAAAGGUGGUGUUUGUAGACGGCCAGAACUCGGUGAAUUUUGAGCCUGGAUUCCAGCAGUCACUGAUUGAAGAGAUGAGAACUCGAGGCCACAGCAUUAAGGAUCGGGAUAUCUUCCUGAAUGUGGUCAACGCUGUGGAGAAGGAGCAUGGCUGCAUCAGUGCCUUUUCUGAUGAAAGGAAGAACGGGAAGGCAGCGGGUUACUGACCCACCCUCUGCCCCACCACACCCACCGCUGCACUGACUGAAGCCCAGACACGUCCCUCAGCAGCACCUGGACACCUAACCUGGCGAUUGACGCUCCUGGUGUUUGGUUUUGCUUUAAGUGACUUCAGAGGAUUUAUAGUGACUUUCUUAUGUGUAUGUAUUGUAUAUUACUUUUGCAUCUUCACCAAAUCAAUGCUGAAAAGCCCAAUAAGCUCACAGUGCAUUAAAAUGUUUGAGGACACGUUCCAAAUGAUUUUA